UUUAUUGAAGAGCGUAUGUCCAAUGAGUUUUCGACACGUAUAGAGGGCAUUCGGUGGUCCAUAUAUGCCUCGCCUUACCCAAAUCAUUUCUUCUGUGUUCUCUCUGUAGCACGGAACAGAGGAUCGAAAAUAAUCAGCCGCAUCACACACCGUUUCCACCACGAUCCAAUUAUGGAGGUUGAGAUUGAUGGCUCUGUUACUGUCGAAACAGUAGGAAAUACUGCUAUGGGUGAGGUCAGUAGCAUAGCUGAUGACAACAGAGAAGGUGGAAGUUCUGUUGAACCAAAUGACAAACAAGAUCAACAUGAUAACAUGACUCAAGAUUCCUCUGGAGGGAUCACUAUCCCAACUGCAAUUCCCACAGUAUCAGUUGUUUCAGUUGAAGAGCCCUAUGUGGGUCAGGAGUUUGGGUCAGAAGCAGCAGCACAUGCAUUUUAUAAUGCUUAUGCUACAGAUGUUGGAUUCAUUGUACGUGUGAGUAAACUCUCGCGGUCAAGGCGUGAUGGAACUGCUAUUGGACGCACUCUUGUUUGCAACAAAGAGGGUUUCAGAAUGGCUGACAAACGUGAAAAGAUUGUGAGGCAAAGGGCUGAGACCAGGGUUGGUUGCAGGGCAAUGAUUAUGGUGAGGAAACUUAGUUCUGGCAAAUGGGUUAUUGCAAAGUUUGUAAAGGAACACACACAUCCGUUGACUCCUGGCAAAGGUAGAAGGGAUUUCUACUAUGAACAAUAUCCGACUGAACAAGAUAAAAUUCGGGAACUAUCUCAGCAGUUGGCAACUGAGAAAAAGCGAUCUGCGGCCUAUAAAAGGCAUCUUGAAUUGAUAUUUGAGCAAAUUGAAGAGCAGAACGAGAACCUUUCAAAGAAAAUACAGCACAUAGUAGACAGUGUGAAGGAGAUGGAAGCCAAAGAAGAACAUAGUAGACAGUGGGAAGGAGAUGGAAGCCAAAGAAGAACAUAUUAGACAGUGUGAAGGAGAUGGAAACCAAAGAACAACAGUGUAGACUCUGGUAGAUUCAACUUUCAACGCGAUACUUUUAGUUGGUAGAAGAAACUAGUUCAGUCAAAUGUAGAGGUCCUUUGAGUCCACUAUUGUCAAGUUGUGCCAACAAUGUAAUAACUCAUAACAGACAUUCAAACGCCCUGAUAGAGUUUCAUUCUUCCAUCAUUUUUCUAGUAUUUCCUUUGUGUAUAGAAUGAGACUGCUGUUGAGAAUGCUGUGGCUGAAUAUUCUCCAUCCAAAUUUCCACCAAUGGAUUUACAGCAUUCAUCGAUUUAACUUA